GAGGAGAGGGAGAGAGCCUCGUAAAUAGCCUUCCUACAAGACAGCAGUGAGAUGGGGAUUGUCACAUAGUGAAGGUAGUUAUGGGUUGUGGAGUGCAAGGCUGAGUAGCCAUAGCUGAGCAGAGCGAGCAGUGCUGUGUGGGGCAGCCAUUGGCCCCGCUGGAGGACAGGCAGGGAUGUGGGUAGCAGCACUGCUCUGGGCAUGGCAGGAGCACCAUGGGAGCCGUAGCCUUGGCCCUAAGGGCUGCAUGCAGCACUGGGACAGGACCAGCAGCCAUUUUGGUGGGGUGGGCCCUGGCCUCCUGUGGCUGUGGGGCCAUUAGGCGUGGGGUGCUGCAUGCUGCUCAGUGCCUCAAGGAAGGCCGAAUAGCAAAAAGGAAAAAUAAAACAACAAAGCAUCUCAGCAGUCAACUCAAAGUUGUUAGGAGGGGGCCAAGGCAUAGCUUUGCAGGCAUCUCUUGCUGUGGAAAUGGAUUUUGUGAGGGGAGGGUGGUGCAUGCAUGGGUAAUCUCUGUAGUUAAUGCAGUGCAGAGAAGGAAAAAUGCCACUGAGUGGCCCCAGAUGUGGGAGCAGAGGGGAGGGCAGGCAGGAGUUGACCCUGCAUGGCUGCCCCACAGCCAUGGGCACGAGGGCAGAGGUGAUGCUGCUCCCCAUAGACCAGGGGAGCAGAGCAGCAGCCCUGGGUAGCAGCUGUUUCCCUGUGCUGUGGCCAAGCUUGCCUGGUGCUGUAAGAGAGAUUCUGUGCGGAUUUUUAUUGCUGUCUCUUAGCUACAGCCAGGCAUGCAAACAGCUUUCAGCCAGGUUGUGAGAGGCCUAUUGAUUGGGACUGCCUUUAACCCUUUCAUAUUUGCAGAGUUAAUCCAUCUGCGGCAGUAACUGAGUGUUGGCAAAAAGAAUAUUUCAGAGGUCAAGGUUCACAAAGACUUGCCUACAAUCGUGACCAUGGGGGAUAUGAAGACCCCAGAUUUUGAUGAUCUUCUUGCAGCCUUUGACAUACCAGAUGUGGUUGAUCCAAAAGCAGCUAUUGAAUCUGCACAUGAUGAUCAUGAAAGCCACAUAAAACACAAUGCACAAACAGAUGAAGAUUCUCAUACACUAUCAUCAUCCGAUGUUGGUGUGAGCGUCAUUGUGAAAAAUGUACGUACUAUUGAUUCUUCAGAAAGUGUAGACAAGGAUGGCCACCAUUCCACAGGCAAUGGCUUGCAUAAUGGCUUUCUAAUAUCCUCAAGUCUUAAUAGUUACAGUAAAGAUGAAAGCAAGUCAUUUAAAGAUGAUGGGUCAGCUUCUGAGACUACACUAAAGGAUUCGGCUUUCAACCAGUUUAGUCCAAUUUCAAGUGCUGAAGAAUUUGAUGAUGAUGAAAAAAUUGAGGUAGAUGAUCCUCCAGAUAAAGAAGAGGUGCGUGGAAAUUUCAGAGCAAAUUUCUUGACAGAUUCUGUAUAUCAGCAGGAAUAUGACAAAGUAAAGACACUUGAGGGAGAGAAUUUGAUUAAAUCUGGUAUCUCAGUUUCAAGUAGUAUAGAUAAAAGUAAAGUUGCUAAACGAGAGACAAACUCUGUGACUUUACAUGUCUAUGAGCCUUUCAAAGCUCUCAAGGCAGAGAACAAAUUGAUAGAAGACAAUUCUGAGAAGCUUCUUGAAAACAGAGUACUUGAUGGAAAACUAUGUACUGAAAAAAGUGAAACAAAUCUUGCCGGCAUUUCACAGUCCAAAACAAAGUCAUCAGCAAAGCUUUCUUCAUGCAUUGCUGCGAUUGCAGCACUGAGUGCUAAAAAGGCAGCUACAGAUACCAGCAAAGAUUUACAGUCUAAUUCAGGAGAGUCUUCUCCAUUACCAAAACAUGAAAGUCCCCUAGCUAUUGAAAAUUCACCUGAAUCUCAAAGUCUUAUUGAUGAUGCUAAAAAGCCAUCUAUAAAACCACCUGAUAGUCCCAGAAGUGUAUCAAGUGAAAACAGUAGCAAGGGAUCUCCAUCUUCUCCUGCAGGGUCCACACCAGCAAUUCCUAAAGUUCGCAUAAAAACCAUCAAGACUUCCUCUGGGCAGAUCAAGAGAACUGUUACUAGAGUGUUGCCAGAAUUUGAUUUGGACUCGAGUAAAAAACCAGAACAGACUGCUUCUAUGGUAACUUCCAUGACAUCCCUCCUGUCCUCACCAACUUCUGCUGCUGUUCUUUCCCCUCCUCCUAGAGCUCCUCUCCAGUCCGCAGUUGUUACCAAUGCAGUUGCAUCUGCAGAACUCCCACCAAAGCAGGUCACUAUCAAACCUGUGGCUACUGCCUUUCUCCCAGUUUCAGCAGUGAAAACAGCAGGUUCACAAGUUAUUAAUUUGAAGCUUGCUAACAAUACUACAGUGAAAGCCACUGUACUAUCUGCUGCUUCCGUGCAGAGUGCCAGUAGCGCCAUUAUAAAAGCUGCCAGUGCGAUACAGCAGCAGACUGUUGUGGUGCCAGCAUCAAGUCUUGCCAGCACUAAACUUGUGCCAAAGACAGUCCAUCUUGCUAACCUUAAUCUUCUGCCUCAAGGUGCUCAAACCACCUCUGAACUCCGACAAGUGCUAACGAAACCCCAGCAACAAAUAAAGCAGGCAAUAAUUUCUGUAGCAGCUCCACAGCCUUCUAAAAAGGUGUCUCGAGUCCAAGUGGUGUCAUCUCUACAGAGUUCUGUAGUGGAAGCAUUUAAUAAGGUUCUGAGUAGUGUCAACCCUGUCCCAGUUUAUAUCCCCAACCUUAGUCCCCCUGCCAGUGCUGGAAUAACGUUACCGACACGAGGUUACAAGUGUUUGGAGUGUGGUGACUCCUUUGCUCUUGAAAAGAGUCUGACCCAGCAUUAUGACAGGAGGAGCAUGCGAAUUGAAGUGACUUGUAAUCAUUGUACAAAGAACUUAGUUUUCUACAACAAAUGCAGUCUUCUUUCCCAUGCUCGUGGACACAAGGAAAAAGGAGUUGUAAUGCAGUGUUCGCACCUGAUUUUAAAACCAGUCCCAGCAGAUCAAAUGAUAGCAUCUCCUUCAAGCAGCACUGCUACAUCUAUGCUUCAAAGCCCAGUGGGAGUUGGCAUGCACACUGUAACGAAGAUACAGUCUGGCAUAACGGGAAUAGUCAUAUCAGCCCCAGCAAGUACCCCCAUCGUCCCAGCCAUGCCACUAGAUGAAGAUCCAUCAAAACUCUGUAGACAUGGUCUAAAGUGUUUGGAGUGCAAUGAAGUUUUCCAAGAUGAGACAUCUCUUGCUACACAUUUCCAGCAGGCUGCAGACACAAGUGGACAAAAGACAUGCAAUAUCUGCCAGAUGCUGCUUCCUAACCAGUGCAGUUUUGCAUCACACCAGAGAAUUCAUCAGCAUAAAUCUCCAUACACGUGUCCUGAAUGUGGAGCAAUCUGCAGAUCUGUCCACUUCCAGACUCAUGUCACUAAGAACUGCCUGCAUUAUACUCGAAGAGUUGGUUUUUGCUGUGUGCAUUGCAAUGUUGUGUACUCUGAUGUGGCGGCACUCAAGUCUCACAUUCAAGGUUCUCAUUGUGAAGUCUUUUACAAAUGUCCUAUCUGUCCCAUGGCAUUUAAGUCUGCUCCCAGCACACAUUCCCAUGCCUAUACACAACACCCAGGUAUCAAGAUAGGCGAACCAAAAAUAAUAUAUAAAUGCUCUAUGUGUGAUACUGUGUUUACUCUACAACCUCUGCUCUAUCGCCACUUUGAUCAGCACAUUGAAAACCAGAAGGUGUCUGUUUUCAAGUGUCCAGACUGUUCUCUUUUGUAUGCACAGAAGCAGCUUAUGAUGGAUCAUAUCAAGUCUAUGCAUGGAACUUUGAAAAGUGUUGAAGGGCCACCAAACCUGGGAGUAAAUUUGCCUCUGAAUACGAAAUCCACAAAUCACAGCUCAACCAUUCACAACAGAGAGGACACAAGAUCUGUCAACAGAACAGAAAAGUUAGAGAAGAAAUCUCCUAUAAAGAAAGGAGAACCUAAAAAAGUCAUAAAUCGUGGCUGGACGUGUUGGGAUUGUGAUAGGCUCUUCACUCAGAGAGAUGUUUACAUCUCCCAUGUGAGGAAAGAACAUGGAAAGCAAACGAAGAAACACCCUUGUCGACAAUGUGACAAAUCUUUCAGUUCAUCCCAUAGUUUAUGUCGUCACAAUCGUAUCAAGCACAAAGGCAUUAGGAAGGUUUAUACAUGCUCGCACUGCCCAGAUUCAAGACGUACUUUUACCAAGCGAUUGAUGUUGGAAAAACAUAUUCAAUUGAUGCAUGGCAUUAAAGACCCUGAUGUAAAAGAAAUGACUGAAUUAACUAGUAUGGAGGAAAGGGAAGUAAAAGAAGAUACAAAGGUUCCUAGUCCAAAGCGUAAACUGGAAGAACCUGUACUGGAAUUCAGGCCUCCACGAGGCGCAAUCACACAACCACUGAAGAAGCUAAAAAUAAAUGUUUUUAAGGUUCAUAAGUGCGCUGUCUGUGGCUUUACAACAGAAAAUCUUCUCCAGUUUCACGAACAUAUUCCUCAGCAUAAAUCUGAUGGCUCUUCAUACCAGUGCAGGGAGUGUGGACUCUGCUACACGUCUCAUGUGUCUCUCUCCAGGCAUCUCUUCAUUGUACACAAGCUGAAGGAGCCACAGCCAGUAUCAAAGCAGAAUGGAUCCAGGGAGGAUAAUCAGCAAGAGAAUAAACCCAACCAUGAGGAUGAAUUGUCUGACAACACAGUGUUGGACAGAAGAUGCAAAGUUUGCGCAAAGACUUUUGAAACUGAAGCGGCCUUAAAUACUCACAUGAGAACACAUGGCAUGGCCUUCAUUAAGUCAAAAAGAAUGAGCUCAGCUGAAAAGUAA